AUGCGCGACCAGCCAACUGGCUCGGCUCGGUCCAAUCGUCUAGGGCUGGGAACGCGCGUGGUCAGCUCCGGGGCUCCAUACGGGCUCGGCGCCCACAUCAGUGGGACUCCUAAGCCGACGCGGCUGCCGCCUGUACGCACCCCAGCCAGGCGCGGGGCCGUUCGGCACUUCCCCGCCCCUCAGCCGCCGCCUCCCAGUGUCUUUCUCCCCGCGCGCCCCCGCUCGCGCGCGCCCGUCCCCCUCUCACGCGCGCCCGGGCCCCGGGCACAGUCCUACACGCUGGACCGCCCCGGGUCAGCCCCAGCUAAGGUGCAGCUUCUGUCAGCUGCCUAG